AUGCCGAUAUCCAAGAAGAAAGAAGCUAAAUAUGCUGGAUCUUCCUUUAAUCGGGCGCCUUCUAUUGAGUCUUUACCGAUUCCUGUGAUUCCUGAGGGUUAUACUGUUAAGAUGUUGGAUGAGCCGAGUAAAAACAAUGGUAAACGUAAGAAUAGUACGAGUUAUAAAUAA